AUGUUUAAGAAACCAGCACAGAUAAAACCAUCCUCCAAUAUCAAAACCUCUGAAAGAAAGAAGCUUUUAUCCAUCAUUGGAGAAACAUAUUCAAUCCCACUCAAUGAAUUGCCUAAAGAAGAGAUUGAAAAGAUUCUCCCUCCGACAAUCAAGAAGGCAUCUUUUGUAAAUUUUGAAAAGGUUUCAGGUUCUAUAUAUUUCGAUGAAAAUGAAAUUCCAGUCUGGUUUCAUACUCGUGAUUCUGAAAUUUAUCCUACUAUUUUUACAUUGAUGAAGUAUCCUUCUAUAUUACCGACUAUUAAAACACAUCCUCAUGUUCUUGGAGUAUUGGCGAAGGGUGCAGAUUUGAUGUUGCCAGGUACAAUUCCACCAUUUGAUCCUCGUGCAACUAAAGGAGCAAUUGUUGGUGUUGUUAGUCAUGAUGAACCAGAGAAAAUUACGGCAAUUGGUCACUGUAACUUGAAUUUGACCCAAUUUGAUAACGUCGUUGGUAGAUCAGGGGUUGCUGUAGAAAUUGUUCAUCAUUUACAUGAUACUUUAUUAGAAAAAAAGGAUCUUAAAGUAGCAGAUUCAAAAGCUGAUGAUGAAAAAGAAUCUCCAAAUUCAAAACAGAAUACUCCUCCGCCAACAAAGAAACAAGAAGAGUUCCCAGAAUUGACAACAGAAGAUAUUGAUCAAUUAUUCAUCAAGUCACUUAAAUCGAUCAAGAACAUUGAACUUCCAACUCCUGCAUCUACAUUUAUGUCUUAUGUCAAUAAGAAUGUUCCAUCAAGUCUAAAUAUCAAAAAGACUAGUUGGAAAAAGGCAUCUAAAUUUCUUAAAGAAAUGGCCAAACAAAAUCUUAUUAAGGUCAAAGGUAAGGAUGAAGAUUUAUCUAUUCUUCAAUUGAAUACAGGAAAUGUUAGUAAUGCCGAGGGUGAAGCCUCUUCAAACACGGCAUCUACUGCUAAGCCAAAACAGAAAUCUAACAAUACAUCAUCUGCUACAACCCUUAAAGUUAUCCCUCUUUAUAAGCCAACUAAGAAUAUCAGAGCAUUUUUCAAUAAACUCAAUGAUGCUCAAUACGAAUAUGAUGAAUGUUACACUGCUGCUCAAGUUAGAAGUAUGGUUGAAGCAUAUAUCAAAAAGUUUUCUUUAAUUGCAGCUGAUCCUAAAAAGGUAAAACCAGAUGUGGAAUUAUAUAACAAAGAAGAAUCUACUCGUGAACAAGUGUUUAAGAAUUUCUUGACUAAAUUCUCACCAUAUUAUAGAAUCAACGAAUCCGAAAUUCACAAAGGUGUUCCGCCAAAAAUUCAAAUUGUCACUGAAUUGAAAAUUGGUAGAAAAGUGGUCACAAGAGUAUCUAAUUUUGAAACCUUUGAUAUUAGAAUUGAAAACUUGGCUAAAGAAUUGAGAAAUAAAUGUUCUGGAUCAUCAACAAUUGUUGAUAAUGAUGUACAAGUUCAGGGACCUCAUGGAAAGUUAAUCAUUGACUUGUUGAAGGACAAAGGGGUACCUGUAUCCUAUAUUAAUUUCGAAGAUAAGACUAAGAAGAAAAAGAGCAAAAAAUAG